CUUAUUAUUUGAAGAAUGAAACCUUUAACGUUUGAAUUUAUUUUAAAUCAAAUUGGAGAGCAACUUUGUCGUACUACAAAUGGAAAUGAUAUGAUAGCUGCAGAAAAACAACUUUUAUUAAGUUUAUGGCGAUUUGCAACUCCUGAUUCAUACAGAUCAAUAAUUCACAGAUUUAAUGUCGCUAAAGACACGGCAAUAAAUAGUGUGCGCCGUUUAGUUAAAGCAUUAUGUAUGCUUUCACCAAGAUUUAUAAAAUGGCCUACCGAAAAUAAAAUACAAGAAAUUAUAUGUGGCUUCUUUAAUACAAGUGGUUUUCCUGAUACAAUUGGGGCUAUAGAUGGAACCCAUAUAAAUAUUCCUGCACCUGCAAUAAACCCUGAAGCUUAUGUUAAUAGGAAGGGACGACAUUCAAUUCAACUACAAGCUGUUUGUGACCACACAAGAUACUUUACACAUAUAUAUGUUGGAAAUGUGGGUUCUGUUCACGAUGCACGUGUUUUCCGCUUAUCAUCUUUACAAGAUUAUAUCAAUGAUCCAAUAAAAUUUCCAAAUAAUACACACAUUAUCGGAGAUGCUGCUUAUACAUUGCAUAAACAUUUAUUAGUCCCUUAUUCUGAUAAUGGCCAUCUUACACAAUGCCAAAAAAACUAUAAUUUUUGUCAUUCGUCUACUAGGAUGGUAAUUGAAAGAGCGUUUGGCCUUUUAAAAGAACGUUGGCGAAGUUUAUUACAUGUAUUAGCAGUAAAUCGUGUGGAUUUGGUGCCUUAUUAUGUAUUAACUUGUUGCGUAUUGCACAACAUUUGUUUGCUACAUAAAGAUGAAAUAGAAAUACAAGAUAUUGUAAUAGAACUUCAAGAAGCCGAAGUCCAAAGAGCCCGAAUUAUAGAGAAUAAUGACAGAAAUGUUGCGAUAGCCAAGAGAAAUAAUAUAAGUGUAAACUUACCUGUAAGAAAUGUAUAAUAUAUGAAGUAUAAUAAAUGGCUUAAAUGUAGCAGUUUGUUCAU